CAAAGCAACAAAGAAUGCACUGUGGGUGGCAGUUACUGAAAUUUUCAAUGCCAGAGCCCAGUUUAGAAGGGAGCAAUCCAUUUUGGAGAAAAAAUGGGAAAAUCUACAAAGGGAUCACAGAAAUCUGUACAUGGAUUUUCAAAGAGAAAUUUCAUUGACAGGGCGAGGUCCAAUUGGCAGAACAUUGUCUGUCCUCACAGAGGCAGUAAUUGAUGUUAUUGGAAAGCAGAGUGCGGCAGUUGUUGGGGCAGCAGGAGCAGCAUAUGACUCAACAUUGGCCUCACUUAUGCUAUCAUCAGUUUCGGAUGGUCCAAUCUUCAAUGUAAUGGAUCUUGUUCCAGUAAAACCUUCCCAAAGAGUCCAAUCAUGUUCAACAACAACCAGUACAUUGCCAAGCCCAAAUCAAGCGCACUGUUGCUGUUGUAGUGACUCUGAAAUGAGAGCCUUAAAGAAGAGAAAACUAGAGUUGCAGAUAAAGUUUUAUGAGAGACAACUUAAAUUGUAAAAUGACAUAUUAGUUAGUGUUUCUUUGU